AUGCCUCUCACAGUCGCCCCGGCUAGCGAAGCCGACUUGCCUCGCUCCAUCGCCAUCGAAAAGCGAGCAUAUGGCCCCAACAAGUCAUCUCCCAUCUUCUUCCCGGGAGAGGGCCUGAGCGUCCAGGAUCGCAUUUCCGUCAUGACGACGCGCAUAAGGGAAGAGUCAGCCGCCCAGUGCAUCAAGGUCGUCGACACCGAGCUGGAGGGAGAGGCGAGCAUGAUUGCCUUCUCCAUGUGGUUUAUCUGGUCCGGAGACCUGCGGCCAAGCUUCCCGCAGCGGAAGUGGGGGGCUGGCACCAACCUGGAGGCGUGUGAUGCCUUUUUCGGGGAAAUGGACCGGAGAUGGUGGGCGAAGUUUGAGGGAAAGCCGCAUGUUUACCUCAAGCUUCUUCACACCGAUCCUGACCACCAGAGACGCGGUGCAGGUGGCAAGUGUCUCCAAUGGGGAACCUCAGAGGCCGACAGACUCGGGCUUGUGUCGUAUCUCGAGGCAUCUGAAGAGGGACGCCCGCUGUAUGAAAAGUACGGCUUCAAGGAGGUGGACAGGAUUGUCGUGGACCUGACGAAAUGGGGUGGCACUGAGGAUGCCGUUGCUUAUUUGAUGAUUCGCGAGCCGGUGCUCAACUAG